AUGAAGGUCAUUCUUUGUGAUACUAAUGAGGCCAUUUGCAAAUCGUGGGUCAAGUUUCUCGGAAGAAACAUAAGGAGUUCAUCUGAAGCUAGAUUUCAAUUUCAUAUUCAUCACGGUAGCCUCGAGCCACUCUUGAAAGGGGAGAGUUCUACUAAUUGUGCUGUCGUUUCGCCUGGUAAUUCGUUCGGAUACCUAGGUGGUGGGUUUGAUUUAGCCAUUCGUAAUUAUCUGGGCGGUGAGAAGUUUGAGUCAUGGUUUAGGCAGCAGAUAGGACCUGGAUACCAUCAUGUUGGUUCUUCUACAGUUGUAGAUCUAGGGGUCGGAAGUGGUAGCGGCUCGCAGAUCUGGGGUAACAGAGGUAUAAGGUACAUCAUCCACGUUCCCACAAUGGUGGCACCUUCCAAACCCUUAUACGACCCCAAUUUCCCUAUGAGAACUGGUUAUGAACCUGUUUUCAAUGCAACUUGGAAUUCUUUGGCCAGUAGUAUAUCCUUAAAUGUGGAUACGUUGAUUAUACCAGGAUUAUGUAGCGGUUGGGUCGGCGUGCCGGUGGAAGUAACUUGCAAAAGCAUGUGCUUUGCCCUUAGACUGUAUGCCAUGAGGAAUCAGAUGUCUGUUGAUUUACAAAAUGCCUUGAUCAUGUAUUUCUUAAAAUAUCCCUUUAAACCAUUUAUGAGGUCAAGCUUUAAGGAAGAAUGUCGCGAACUGAAUAUCAAUGUGAAUCAAUUGAAGAAUUUUGACGCUGAGAGAGAUUCAAUUGAGUCUAUAAUGCCUGGUAUGUAG